CUCUGGAGAAGGUCAAGAUAUCAGAUGAAGACGGGCUUCAGGUACUUGAUCUGCACUGAUAAGAACCUUAUCUCCGUGGCGCAUCUCCGAUCCUCCAACCUCCGCAUCACCGCCUUCCAACCACCGGCAAAAUCACAAUUCAGUUUCAAUCGCUCGAUAAGAAUGUCCUCGGUCAAGAGCGCCUCGGCGCCAAUCUACUUUGGCUCGUUCCUGGUGACCCCUCAAGUCUUCCACCAGACACCACUUUCCUUUGCGCUUGUGAACCUGAAACCCAUCCUCCCCGGCCAUGUCCUUGUCUCACCUCGCCGAGUCGUUCCCCGCGUCGCAGACCUCACCCCUGCCGAAACCAGUGACCUAUUCUUGACAGUCCGGCGCGUCGGCCGCAUGAUCGAGCGGCUCUACGGCGCCACAAGCCUCAACAUCGCGGUGCAGGACGGCGUGCAUGCUGGCCAGAGCGUGCCACACGUCCAUGCGCAUAUCAUUCCCCGUAAACUUGCGGAUCUUGACCGGGUCGAUGCCGUCUACGACAUGCUAGAUGGAGAAGAGGGGGAUGUAGGCAAGGCGCAGCGCGAAGCGCAGACGGGGGCCUCUGCCGACUCUGAGCGAGCCAAGAACCGCCCGCGAUUCCCCGUCGUUGACAACGAGGCGCGCAAGCCUCGUACUGCGGAGGAAAUGAAGGCCGAGGCGGAAAUGCUGGAGCGCGAGAUGGAGAAGGAGUCCCUCGACUAGGUGUAAGGGGAUUCCAAACUGGAUCGAUCCCAAGCGGCCCGCCCCAGUGGCAAUCAUGCAACUAGCUACAUACGAAGAUAUGACCAAGCAGAAUAGAGCAUUCUAAUAAGUGUAUUUGCUCAUUUAGCCCCGAAAAAUCAGAACCAUGCAGUCGUACAUCAUCACACAUCUCUCUUCGUAAGGAACACUUCCCAACUCGUUCCACUCUAUGGUAUCUAGGGUCCCUCCGAACUGAUAGACCAAUAUAAGAAAUAAACAAGCCACAAACUGAGAAUUCUCAAAUCGGAGAAAUCCCGAAGGCCGUUAUAACCCCGUCAGGUUGAUUCAACCACGCUUGGGGCGCUCUGCAACGACCUGCUGAGCCCAGACCUUGAUCUCCGGUAGUUGCACGCGGCUGGCGACGCGCUCAAAUUCGGACAAGUCGACAUCAUGGGCACGCUCGUACUCCACCAUCUGAAGGAGCAGCUCCAUCUUGUCGAUAUCGUGCACAAAUUGAGCCUCGAGCGUGACGUUGUCCUCAUAUUCCUGGAACACACGCUUGAUCUCCUGGGCAGACAACACGCCGCCGGGAACCUUGCCCAACAGGGUCUCGGUGAUAUAGUCCAUAGUGUCAGCCUCGCGACGCGCCUUCUCUGCCUUGGUCACGUCCUUGUCCACCGGGGUAAUAUCGCCGACAAGCGCUUCGGCCAUGUCGUGAAUUAGGGCCAUCUUGGUGCAGUGUUGGAUGUUGAGUUUGGAAGCCAGCUCGGGCGGGGCAAACAUCGUCAUGAUCGACAUGCGAUACAUGUGGUCGGAGAUUGAUUCGCCAUUGAUACCGAAGCGGCGCCAGCCCUCGCGCUUGGUGGUCUUCAGGCGCUCAAGGAGGUGGAAGAAGGGAAUAGGCGAGGUCGUGUUCUCCUCGGGGGGGUGGGGGAGAGUAGACAGCACUG